UGGGGGAAGGAGGAGGAGGAGGACGGCGUCCCUGGGGUUUUUUUGCAGAGCACGGUUGCCAGAAAGGGAACCGGCCAGCGUUAGGACCGAGAGGAGCUUGCAAACACACAUACACACACACCGCCACCCAGAGUCUGGAGCCCAGCGGUGGAACAGCUCCUUUUGGGAUGUGCCAGUAAAGCCGGUCACCAGCCUUGCAAGCAAGGAAACUGCCAAGACCCUCUUUGGCACCGCCUGCCUGCUGGAAUCUGGGACCGGCCUGGGAAGAGAAUUCUUGGCAGAUCCAAGAGGCCGGGCGUGCAUUUAGGGGGCUGGCGUCCUCUUUUCCCCCCUCCAGCUUCCACUGGCUUGGCUUCUGCUCUGGGGCUUGGAGUGGCCGGCAAGCAGGCGGGCCAGCAGAACUGAUGUUUCAGGCUUUGAUCUGCUGUCAAUGAUGUGAUUAAAAAAGAAAAAAAAAACAGGAGGAGAACAACAAGCCCAGCAUGGAAGGUUGGUGGGGCAGCCGGGAUUGGCACCAUCUCCUGGCUCCCCACGAAGGAGAAGACCCCCCCAACCACAUGCCCCACACUGGCCACGUGAGUCCUCCAACCCAGGUGCCCAAGCCACACUGAUCAAGGCGACGACUUAAAGCUGCGACAGCAACAUGGAAAACAAUGCGAGUCCUCGUGCUGCUGUCUUCCUCAUCCUGUUCGGUCUGGUGACGCUGCUGAUUAUCUACAGCUCCAACAGCAGGAGUGAAGAAUUCCACUACACCUCUUUGGGAGAAAAGGUCCCUCUUCCUUCUAGCCUGAAGGAAUGGGGGGUGAAAAAUGGUUACCUCCCUGUGUCUGGAAACAAGACCUUGGACCGUCACUGCAACCAGUGUGCGAUUAUCACCAGUUCCAGCCACCUCCUCAAGAGCAAACUGGGUCCCGAAAUCGAUCGGACAGAGUGCACCAUCCGCAUGAACGAUGCUCCUACCACGGGGUACGAGGCUGAUGUAGGGAACAAAACCACCUUCCGGGUGGUAGCCCAUUCGAGUCUCUACAGGGUCCUGAAGAGGCCGCAGGAAUUCGUCAACAAGACACCGGACACUAUCCUGAUCUUCUGGGGGCCUCCCAUCAAGAUGGAACAGGUCUUCAACAAGGUCAUCCAACGGGUCAGUGUGUCGUUCCCCAACAUGUCGGCUUUCGUCACUACCAAGAAGCGCAUGAGUCAGUUUGACAACCUGUUCAGGAAGGAGACUGGAAAGGACAGAGUGACGUCCCGGUCUUGGCUGAGCACUGGCUGGUUCACCAUGGUGAUCGCCAUCGAGCUGUGCGACAGAGUCCACGUCUACGGGAUGGUCCCUCCGAAUUACUGCACUCGCUGGAAUCCUCUGCCCUGCAAGAUGCCCUAUCACUACUACGAGCCGAAGGGCCCGGAUGAGUGCUUCACCUACAUUCACAACGAGCGGAGCCGCAAGGGCAACCAUCACCGCUUCAUCACUGAGAAACGGGUCUUUGCCAACUGGGCAACCCUCUACAACAUCACCUUCUCCCACCCGGACUGGGAUUAACCCGCACACAAGUGCCAAUGGCAUGCGACGUGCCAAGCCCUCCUGCUCAGGCGGGGGAAAUCUGCGGGGCUGCGGCUGCCGCUCUGCAUCCGAAAGAGGAAUCCAGCGAGUGAAGAGGCUGACCCAGCGUCUGAGAGCUUUGGCCGCCCAGCUUCAGACGUCCACCUGCUGUCAAAGAGGGCGUGGGAGUGCUAGCCCGUCUUUCUGACAGCCGAGGGCCCGCUGAAACAAGCAGACUCCCGAUCGGUUCAGCAUCCUGUUGGAUUCCAGGAUGUUCAAAAACCGGGUGUGAGGACAGCAGCCUUCUCCCCACUCCCAACAGUAUUGUGUUUCUGCACAUGGAGGUUCCAUCUAGCCAGGAUUAUUUAUUUAUUUUGUAGCUGGAACUCGUUUGCAUAUUGGGCCACACACCUCUGAUGUAGCCAAUCCUCCUGGAGCUUACAAUAGGCCCUGUACGAAGAGCCUUGUCAGCUGCAGGAGGAUUGGCUACAUCGGGGGGGGGGGAGUGGCCUGUUAUGCAAAGGAGCUCCUGCUACCAAAAAAGCCCUGCAUCUAGCGAUCCGAGUGGAAGAGCAUCCCUUUCUUCGCUCAGAUGUCAAAAUGCAAGAGGGGAGCUGGUGCAGGGAAGGAACGAUGGGAAGAUGUGGGUCCCGACUUCUGGAAGGGAUUUGUUAUCUCGCUUCCGCUCUCUGCCUCCUGGCUUGCUCACGAAGGCUCCUUCCCAAUGCUGGUCUGGUCUUUUACUUCGCAUUUUAAAAUGCAGACUAAGCACCGCCUUCACGAUGGGGCUUAUCUAUAAUUUCCGUAGCAUUUUUUUUUUUCAGUUGAAAUGUUCGGUCAUUCUUGUACAAUCACAAUGAACCUAAAAGGUUGGUUUAGAUUGGCAAAUGAAUAUGGUUUGAACUAUA